AUGAAGCGAGCAGCUUCCACUAGUACAGGCGGGGCAGGGAGCAACUGGAAAGCUCUCAAGAAGACGCUCGGCUCGGAUGCAUCCACCUCUGCCUCUUCCUCGUCUUCAGCAAAAGGCGCUCGGAAGCUGUCCACAUCACGACCAAAGGUGAAACGUACAAAGACACAUGCAGUCAUCGAAAACGAAGAGUCGGGAGGCAGCAAGUCCUCCAGCCCUGCUCCCACCUCAUUACCAUGGUUCGCCGAGGAUAUUUCGCCACAAGACCUGGAGCUCGUCAGGCAAAGUGCAUCCGACAAAAUGUCGCGCAGUGGGCAGUGGGAAGGGAUCAUGGACGCCAAGCUCAAGAAGAGUGUCAUUCUAGGUGGUGUAUCCGCCGACGCGGAUCCGGCCAAGAAGGAGCCCGGCAACUACCUCGCCAUCGACUGCGAGAUGGUGGGUGUAGGCGUCAAUGGCUCUGAAUCCGUCCUGGCACGCGUUUCGAUUGUCAACUUUCACGGUGCCACCAUUCUGGAUCGCUUCGUUCGACCGCAGGAGAAGGUGACCGACUAUCGAACGUGGGUGUCUGGCGUUCGGCCCAAGGACCUCAAGAAUGCGCCUUCGUUCAGCGAGGUGCAAGGCGAGGUGGCGAAUCUGAUCAAAGGCAAGGUGCUGGUGGGACACGCGAUCCAGAACGAUCUGAAAGCGCUGCUGCUCUCGCACCCUAGACCGCUCAUUCGAGACACGGCGACGUUCCAACCACUGCGCGAUCUCGCCAAGACCAAAUACCCGAGCUUGAAGAAGCUAGCCAAGCUGGUGCUGGGCAUCGACAUUCAGCUAGAAGGCGAGUCGCAUUCGUCGGUGGAAGACGCACGUGCUACCAUGGCCGUGUUUCGCAGUCAAAAGUCGAAAUGGGACGAAACACUCCGCUCCAAGGGCCACGGCGGGCCGGCGGCCGUGGCGAGGUUGGCGUCGCGGUCAGCGGGCAACAAGGUGUGGAAGGCUCCUGCCGACGGCGAGGCGGUGGAUGCUGCUUCGCCUGCGUUGAACAAGAGGAGCAUGAGUUCGGCGGCUGGAGGAGCACUGCAGGGCACUGUGAGGUUGAAACCCAGGAUGGCUGCCAAGGCGGAUUGGUGGAAGGACUCUAUGUGA